AUGCCCUCAAUUUCAAUGGCUAUGCCAUUAACCGCCACUUGCAGCAGCCAGAAAAGGCUGCAGCCACCAACAUCCGAUGCAUUUUUCAAGCCACUAUCGCUGGUGAAGAAGCCUUUAAAGUCCGUGUUUGUUAACUCAAAAUCACGAUCCAAGGUUAAAGUUGAAGCCUCUUUUAAGGAGAAGGCUAUUACAGCAAUAACAGCAGCUGCAUUGACAGCUUCCAUGGUGAUUCCAGAGGCAGCGGAGGCAGCUGGGAAUGGAGCGAGCCCAUCUCUUAGGUAUUAUGGAAACAAGCAAACAUCAAGCAACUUCCUCAAUUCAAGCAGAGAAUCCAGACACUGA